UAAUCUCCGUAGCAUUCUGGUCGGGUAGUCACCCGUGUGGUCAGUGACGGGUAGUUCGGUUGACGGGAGAGUGGAGAACUGUCAUCUGGGAAGUAAGCGUGUGUGAGAGCAGCAGAGUGGAGGUCCCGGAAAGGAUAGUCCGGGGAAUCCGAUGUGGCCAGGCCCAACCAGGGUGCCACAAAUGGCGACGAGGAUGGGAUCACCCAUCGUGUCAACGCCGAAGAAUUCAGUGCUUGUUUGCGUUAGGCCGAAAGUGUUUGGAAAGGCGCAAAAACAAAAACGCGAGUGGACCCCAAGGAAAAAGUUUUGGCAGAAGCAGCAGCAGGAAAUGGAAUUGAUUUUUUCUGAGUGAGACGUUCUCCGUCUCACUUCGACCUGAUCUCAUGGGAUCCACACAGAAAAUAAUUGAAAGUUCCCCGUCUGCAAUCAACGACCAGUUGAGUUUUCUCCCCUGUGGUGGCAUCAUGAAAGUGCUUGGCGGUAGCAUUUUGCUCGUUAUCAGUUUAUUAAGCGGCGGACAAGCAAUAACCCAGCCCGAUGAAAGUGCCCUAACGGUUUGUUUCUUCAGCAACUGGGCCAUCUGGAGGCCCGGAGCGGGACGGUAUACGCUCGAUGAGAUUCCUGGCGGAUUCUGCUCCCACAUCGUGUAUGCAUUCGUGGGAUUCUCGGAAACGUCUUCUAAUAAGAUAACCGAGAUGAGGCCAGAGGAUGACAGCGAUCCAAACGGGCUGCGAAAAUUUUCCGAGCUGCGCACUCGGUUUCCCAGUGCAAAACUGCUUGUGAGCGUCGGUGGGUGGGACCAGGAGUCCAGUAAGCUCUCGAAAAUGAUCUCUCAAAGGGAUAGUCGGGAGGAGUUCAUAACCAGUGUGAUUUCACUGCUCGAGGCGUUUAAAAUGGAUGGUUUUAAUAUUUACUGGAUGUGGCCGGGUCAUGUUAGCCGAGGAGGUGUUCCAGCGGAUAAGGCAAAUUUUGCACUUUUCUUGAAAGAGAUGAGCAAGGCCUUUGACCAGGAUGGCAAAGGUCGUUUAUUAACCGUAAUGACGACGGUUGAGGAGUUCCGCGUCGAUGAGGGUUAUGAUGUGCCGGAUGUUUGCGGAUCGGUUGAUUACGUUUAUUUGCCAGCUUUUGAUUUGCGUGGGUUUUGGAACAAUUUCGUUGACGUACACACGCCCAUGGGAAGAAGAUCGUUUGAUAGUGAUAACUUUGCCAACUUUAAUGUGGUAUCAGGGGUUUCACUAUGGACAAAACGUGGCUGCCCAGCAGGGAAGUUAGUUCUUGGCGUUGCCACCCUUGGAAGAACUUACACUCUGCGAGACUCCAACAAUAAUGGGUUGGGCGCUGCAGCGCGUGGCACAGGUGCUCACGGAGAAUUCACCAAGUCCGACGGAUACGUUGCGUACUACGAGGUCUGCAAGCGGAUUAAGGACGGUUGGACCGUGCGGCGGGACCCCGUGGGCAAUGUUCCCUACACUACCAGUGGUGAUCAGUGGAUUGGAUACGAUGACGUCGUAUCUUUGAGGGAGAAGGUUGAUCUGAUCAGGAAGGAAGGGUUGGCAGGUGCGAUGAUUUAUGCGCUAGAUAUGGAUGAUUUUCGGGGAACUUGUGGCAAACGGUAUCCACUGACUGAGUUUGUUUCGACGGAAAUGAGAAAAUUGCCAUCCGCGACAAGCUAUGAUGUUAUCGUGGCAGGCAUCGAUAGAGCGAAUUUGAAAUGACGUUCCAAAAAAAAUCAACAACCAAUGCUCAAUUGAACGUUUAUUCUUUGAAUUGGACACACGGUAUAAAUUAAGCAACAAUUUGUUAUUUUAUCCUACUGAUAGAGAAAGAAUGCAUAAUUAAAAAUUCUUACAUAA